CUAGGCCCUGUCGUUGGAGCUGUGGGAGCCUAUGAUUGGUCUGGAGGAUUACUUCUGUAUCAAACCAGCAACCGAGAUCCAAAAUUUAUUAAUAUCUCCAGCACCUUCAAAGAUAUGAGUAAUUCCUAUCUUGGCUAUUCUUCUCAGCCUGUCCGGUUCCAUGGGAGGAAUGGUCUGGUUGUGGGAGCUCCUCGCUAUGAUCACAUCGGCAAAGUCGUCUACUUUGAGAAUGAAGCCCUGAGUAGGGAAUGGCGGCUGAAGAUGGAGGCAGUCGGGGAACAGGUUGGUUCUUACUUUGGAGCAACUCUAUGCUCAGUGGACCUCAAUCAAGACACAAGCACAGAUUUAGUUCUGAUUGGAGCUCCCAUGUACUAUGAUGCCACUGCAGGAGGAAGGGUUCACAUCUGUCUUUUUAAGAAUGAAGGUUUUUCCUGUACAGACAGCAACACAGCUUUGAAAGGAGAGCCAGGACAUCUGUUUGGUCGUUUUGGGGCCAGCAUUGCAGAAGUGGGCGACAUCACUGGGGAUAAAUGGACAGAUGUAGCCAUUGGGGCUCCCUUGGAAGACGAGAACGCAGGAGCCGUGUACAUCUUUUCAGGGAACAGGGCAUCCAUCGAGCGCAGUUAUGUUCAGCGCAUUGAGGGACUGAAGUUUUCUGGAAGGUUUUCUUAUUUCGGCCAAGCUAUCAGUGGAGGAAGAGAUCUUACGGGGGAUGGACUGAAGGAUAUCAUUGUGGGACAACAAGGAAGAGUUUUGUUGAUGAGGUCUCGUCCUGUUCUGCAAGUAAAGAUCUCCAUCAUCUUCCACCCACCUUCCAUCCCAACCUCAGUCCUCCAGGCACAGAGGCCAACAUCUCAGGAGAAAGUGAUCAGCAUGGCAGAAGUGUGCUUUACCAUUUCGAAAGUCACUCAAGAUUUCCUAGGUCCGUGA